AGUACACCGAGGCAAAAAGAUCUCACCAUCACAUCUCCCCUCCGCCCAUGGACGCCGACCUCGACCUGGACGCCCUCCUCGCCUCCUUCGCCGGCGAAUCCGAUCUCCUCGUCCCGUCCCCGCCCGAUGCGGGGGCGGGGUCGCCGGAGUCGGUGACCUCCCGGGCGAGCCCCGCCGGCGGGGAGGCGCUGUCGGAGAUCGAGAGGUUUCUGAUGGACGAGGAGGCGGCGGCGGCGGAAGGGGUGGAGGGCGUCAGCGUGGACGAGUUCUUCGACGCGCUGUUCGACGGAGGGGAGGGGGGCGAGGCUGGGGGCAGCACGGAUGGGGACUCCGGGAGGGUGGAGGAUGUGGUGGAGGUGGUGACCCCGGAGACGGAGGCGGAGGCGGAGGUGGUGGAGACGCCGGAGACGGAGGUGGAUGGCGAUGAUCCUAUCAGCAAGAAGAAGAGGAGGCAAAUGAGGAACAGGGAUUCUGCCAUGAAGUCGAGGGAGAGGAAGAAGUCAUAUGUGAAGGAUUUGGAGACGAAGAACAAGUACCUUGAUGCUGAGUGCCGCCGCCUCAGCUACGCGCUUCAGUGCUGCGUAGCUGAGAACAUGGCACUGCGACAGAGCAUGAUAAAGGAUAGGCCCGUUGGUGCUCCCACAGCCACGCAGGAGUCUGCCGUACUCACCGAAACCCUGCCGUUGGUUUCCCUGCUUUGGCUAGUGAGCAUCGUGUGCCUAUUCCUAAUGCCCGGUCUACCCAACCGAAGUCCGGUGGCUCCAAGGAGCGCCGAAAGAGAACUCGUGAUGGUAGCCGGAAAGCUAAGCAGUGAUAAACCAGAGACUUUGGAGCUUCUGCUUCAUGGAAGGCGGUGCAGGGGCACGAGGGCGAGGAUCAAGCUAGAUACCUCGCCAUUGCAUGCAGCAGCAGCUUGCUAGGCUAGUGAGACCUUCUUUGCAAGUUCCCAGAAUGUAGUGUAAUUAGCAAUGCUUAUUAUGUGUGGUUCUCUUGCCGCCACCGUGGCUUUAUCCAAUAUCCAUGGACCAUGUUUUUUUCUCUC